GGAUGAUCCAGAUGAUCAUGUAAUAAAACCAGAUGUAGAUCAGCUCCAUAAGCAGAAUAUGAGGUUUAAUUGCCCGAACAGAGUUCUAGUAGCUGUUAUCGACAAAUGUGCUCAAGUAGAUAACAUUCAGACAUGAAGGGAUCUGCAAAGAAAUCAAAGCCCAGUGCUCUUCCCCCAUUGUCAGCUGCUGUGGGUAUGAAAGGAAGUCAGCUUCGCACAGGACGUACUCCACCCUCUGGCAAUACACCAUUUUCCGACAAAGGCAGUUUGCAAACACUGUCUGUGCAGGGUCAUGCGGGGAAAGGUGAAGGGGAUUCUCUACAUGGGACUGUGAAAGGGGGAACCAAUCAGACUUUAGCACCUGUGGCAAGUACCAAAGGGAAACUGUUAACAGGAUCCAUGGCCUCUACCACCAUUCAGCCUACAAGGACUCCACCUACAAGGAGUCCACCUACAAAGACACCACCUGCAAGACUUGACAAAAUACAAAAGAAAACAAAGUCGAAAAUGAGUGGAGGAAAUAAUUUAUCUUCAAAACAAAAAGCCCUGCCCAAUAUCAAGAGUGAAGAACAAAAGUUUGAUGAUCUCAUUGAAGGCUGCCUGGAUGACAUCCCUGCAAGACGUACAACCAUUGUACGCCUUUUUGUCAGCUCAACCUUCUCAGACAUGAGGGCUGAACGUAACACAUUGGUAAAGGUGGCAUACCCCAGGCUCAAGAACUACUGCAGUGAUCUAGGCUUGGAUUUCCAGGUUGUUGACAUGCGUUGGGGUGUGACAGAUGAUGCCACAAAUGAUCAUGGUACAGAAGACCUCUGUCUGACAGAGAUAGCCAAUUGUCAGAGACUUUCUGUUGGACCAAAUUUUGUUAGUCUGUUGGGAAAUCGUUAUGGCUACCGUCCGAUUCCUGUUGAGCUUACUGUGGGUGAAUACGAGAUGUUACAGGGUGAGGCAAGGGAGCUUAACCUAGAGGGACUGGAUAUGCUUUCUCAGUGGUACAGGGUGGACAAUAAUAAAGUCCCUGCAGUUUAUAUCUUACAGCCAAUAAGAACUCACUUGAAGUACUUUGGUGACCAUUCAGACGAUGCAAAACGUAAAGAAGAUUCAGCUAAAUGGUGGGAAACAUUUUCAACAAUUCAACAAAUUGUCAGGAAAUCUGCAAAAAGUCUAAUAGAAAAGGGAUCUCUGACUGAAGAAGAUGCUCAUAAAUACUUCAUGGCAGUGACUGAAAUGGAGAUAGCAAAGGGUAUACAUGGCGUAAAAGAUGUCUCAAGCCAGGCAUUGUGUUAUGUGAGGUCGCUAAAAGACUGGACUGAUGAGGACUUGACAGAGCCAACCAUGCACAGAUACAUGGAAUGCAUACAAGAGAAUGGAAAGUGGAUUGUGGACAGAGAGGUAGAAAAACUAAGGGACAAUGUCUCAAAGAUUAAGCUGCCUGCAAAGCUUGGGAAAGAAAACUACAAGUUGUAUGAUGUCCCAUGGAAGACAGGAGGUAUUGAUGUGAAGCACAAAGAACAUGAUCUCUACAUUGAAGAGUUCUGUAAUGUGUUUAUACAAGACAUUACCCGUCUCAUAGAUGCUGCCAAGUACAAGGUUGAAACUCUCAUUCCUGAAUCGGAAUAUUAUUGUGGUUAUGAUGAGAUCGUCCACCAUUUGAAUUUUGUGAAGGAUAAAACAGAGUCAUUUUGUGGACAGUCUGAUGCUUUGGACAUGGCUAGAAAGUUCAUACUGAAUAACCCCAAGAGGCUUCCACUUGUGAUAUUUGCAGAAUCUGGUGUCGGGAAGACCUCUGUCAUGGCACAAAUUAUGAAAGACAUUCCAAACUGGCUGAAGAAACCAUGCACUCGGGUCAUAAAAUUCCUCGGAACAACACCUGAGAGUACAAACUUGUAUGAUGUCAUCUUUGGAGUCUGUAGCCAAUUGGCUGACACCUAUGAUGUCAUAAUGGAGCCAAUUGGUUAUGAAACCAUAACAAAACUCCUAGGAUAUUUUCCGAGGUUCUUGCGUAAUGUAUCACACAAGACAAAGGAGCAGAUCGUCAUUAUGUUGGAUUCAUUGGAUCAACUCUCACCAAUAGAUGGAGCACAUAGUAUGACAUGGCUUCCCAUUCAGUUGCCAAGUAAUGUUCAUUUGAUAGUGUCAACUUUGCCAAGGGAACAUGGCAUCCUGGAUACUCUUAAGGCCAGAUUAAAGGGAGAUGCAUCACUACUAGAGCUCAAACCCCUCCCCUUGACCACAGGUCAGGAAAUUAUGACCAAAUACUUCAAAAAGAAGAAGAGAACAAUAACAGAGGAGCAGAAGGAGUUAUUAUUCAGCAUGUUUGACAAACAGCCGAGCCCCUUAUUCCUGAAGCUCCUAUUGGACGAGGCAGCUCUAUGGCACUCAUAUACUGAUAUCGACACGAUACCAGUUGUGGAGACUGCCAAGGCUGCUAUAGAUAAGUUGUUCACAAAACUAGAGGAAAAGUUUGGCUCACUUCUGGUCAGUCGAGCCCUUGGUUACAUCACAAUUGGUCUAGAUGGCGUGUCGGAGAUUGAGAUCGAUGACGCUUUAUCUUGCUGUGAUAUUGUCCUUAAUGAUGUUUAUCAGUACCAUAACCCACCUAUAGAGGGCAUUGUUCGCAUUCCGCCAUUGUUGUGGACACGCAUUCAUCAUGACUUGAAGGAAUAUCUCAUUGAGAGGCAGUCUUAUGGUAAAACAACAGUAUUCUGGUACCAUAGGCAGUUCAUUGAGGUUGCCAGAGAGAGAUACACUCAAGGUGAAUCUCUGCAAGUCCUACAUAAAGAUAUGAGCAAGAUCUACAUGAAUGACAAUGGUCUUCAACAAACCAUUACUCUCACCAAACGAAAUCUCACCAUCGAAAAUGCUGAUAGGCAAAUCACUAAUCAGCCAACCAAAGUAGGAAACAAGCGUAAACUCAGGGCACUAGUGUACCAUCUUCUACAAGCUGGAGAUAUCAAAACAUUGAAACAAUGUGCCCUAUUUGAUUUGAGAUUUCUCAUGACCAAAAUGCUAGCAUUUUCAUUGAAAUCCAUCAUUCAAGACUUUGAAGAUGCUUUUCAGGUUGAGGAGGAUAAAGAGAUAAAGGUUGUGUUAGAUUGUUUAAAGAACAGUCAGGGACUUUUGAAAUCAACUAGUCAGUUACCAAUACAGUUGUUAGCCAGGCUGGAUCAUGCCGAUGGUGAAGAUGUGUCAUCAUUACUGGCACAGUCAAAGUCACAUUGCAUGACCAGUCCAAACAUGUACUUGGUCCCUACGCAUCCCUGUCUUAGGGAAAACACUUCUGGUGAGAAGGAUGAAAAGUUGAUGCUUGUUAGUGAGAAUGCAUCAUCCUGUGUAAUCAUGUUAGACAAUGGUCAUGUGAUCACUGCUGGGGAGAGUCAAUCUGUAAAAUUAUGGGAUGUGACAUCUGGAGAGCUUAUCAAGGAAACGUCAGAGAAAUAUAAAAUCGAUUCACUCUACUCAGUCAACACUGACACCUAUCUUAUAGGAUGCGGCGAGACGGACAGCGUGUGUUUCAAAAUUGAUGAUUUUUCCUCAGAUUUAGAGCUACCUCACAAUAUCAUAGCAUGUGCUCCUGGGAGACAUGACAAAACAUACAUUGUCAGCCUCAACGACGAUUCUUGUAUGAACAUCCAUAUUAUCAACUUUAAAGAUAACACUACCUCAAAGUUAUUCAACAUUACAAAACAACAAACUGCUGCGUUGUAUGAAUCAAAGUUCCCAUUCAAAGCAAUGCUAACAGAUGAUGAGCGUUACCUUGUGUUUGUGAGAUACAUACAUGGCAAUGAUGAACUGAAAGCAAUACACAAACAGGCUAAUAUGAAGAGCAUGCAUGUUACCAGUGGCACAAUGAUCAUGCAUGCCCUUAACUUAGCGAGCCCCAAACUUGAGAUAACACCUUGUUAUAGGAACAUGACGAACAUCUUCAUGCUGGGUUCAGUCAUGGAACCCCUCAGGGGUGGAGAAAUCAUGCUCGGGUUUGAUAAAUACACGCUAGUAUGGAAUAUUGUAAAAACCACUGUUGAUCAGAUUGUGAUUAGAGAAGAAAAAGCAAAGUCAGUAAGUGUUGGGAUGUUUCGACAGCCUCGUGAAAUUCAGAAAAAAUGUGAAGCAUGGACGCAAAAUAUAAUGGUGCGGUCGCCUGGAAGGGAUAUAGUUGCUAUAGGGUCUAAUGAAGGCCAUGUUGCGGUGUAUAAUUUGAAAACUGGACAUCUCUUAGACAAUGACAAGUCAAUGAUCUCACACACCAGUAAGAUAACUACUGUAACAAUAUCCAAGACAAAUAAGUUUAUAGCUACAGCUUCGAUAGAUGGCGCUAUAAAAUUGUGGUCUCCUAAAGAUGGCACUAACUGUUGUACAUUCAGUUACAAUGGAUAUGCAGUGAAGAUGAUGUUCACACCAAAUGAAGAGGAUUUGCUCGUUAUGUGUAUUAAUUCUAAGAAACUGAAAACUAUUUGCCACUUUAAAGUGCAUGCUCUUGUUUAAACAUAUGCUUACGGUGAGGGAAGUUGACCAUUACAUAUCAGGGCCAUACCCAGGGGGAGUUCUCAGGGUUUGAACCCCCCACUGGCCAAUAAUUCUUUCAAAACCAUGCAGUCUCUCACCAUU